AACAAGUAACGCCAUCACGGUAAAAACAGUGGGAGGAGAGAGGGCGCUAGAAAGAGAGAGAGAUAGAGACGGGGUAGUACACGUACUGCAGGCGCUUUGAGUAGAAUUUUAUGCGAGAACGUCCGUCUGUAACGAACUGGAAAAGUGGGCUGAAUUCUGAAAGGGAAUUUUUGACAACCAUAACAAGAUGUGUAGACCUACUCCGUGCUGUAUAGGGCAGCUGGCGUGCUGCUGUGGCUCGGCAGCCUGCUCCUGUUGCUGUGGCUGCUGUCCUAAGAUCAAGCAGUCCACAUCAACACGCUUCAUGUAUGUCCUCUACUUCCUCCUGGUCACCAUUGUCUGUGUCGUCAUGAUGUCACCUACUGUGGAACAGGAGAUGAGGGACCAUAUCCCGUUAUACAGGGACCUGUGUGAGAAGCUGAAUUCUGGUGAGAACUGCUCUACCUUGGUGGGUUACUCUGCUGUGUACAAGGUCUGCUUCGGCAUGGCCUGCUUCUUCUUCUUCUUCUUUAUAUUCACCCUACGAGUCAACUCUGCCACGGGCUGCCGUGCCGCCAUACACAACGGGUUUUGGUUCCUGAAGUUCAUAGCCUUGUUGGCCUGCUGUGUUGGAGGAUUCUUCCUGCCAGAGCAGGACAUCUUUCUGGAAGUGUGGAGGUAUGUUGGAGCCGGAGGAGGGUUCUUCUUCCUGCUGAUCCAGCUCAUGCUGCUGGUGGAAUUUGCUCACAGGUGGAACACUAACUGGAGUUCAGGUGUGAACGACAACCGUCUGUGGUAUGGAGCACUGGCCAUGGUCACCUUGGUGCUGUUCAGUAUGGCAGUCGGAGCUGUGGUGUUCAUGGCUCUGUUCUACACGCACUCUCAGGCUUGUCUGCUCAACAAGGUGUUCCUGGGGGUCAACAGCAGCCUCUGUCUCAUAGUCACCCUGCUGGCUAUAUCGCCCUUCAUACAGAGACUUCAGCCUAAGUCAGGCCUGCUCCAGCCAGGAGUGAUCAGUGUGUACGUCAUGUACCUCACCUUCUCAGCCUUCUCCAGCAAGCCCAAAGAGAUGUUGGAGGUUAAUGGGGUGAAUACGACAGUUUGUGUGUUUCCCUUCAACUCUGGAUCAGAGAGCGACAAGAGGAUUGUAUCAAUAGUGGGAACUGUCAUCAUGUUCGGCUGUGUGCUCUACUCCUGUUUGACGUCCACCACCAGACGAAGCUCUGCAGCACUGCGUGUGUGUAGGAACAGCAUGCCUGAGACUGAGAGAGCUCGCUGCUGUUUCUGCUUUGGAGAUGACACAGAUGACUAUGAUGAGGAGAAGACUGGAGGAGGCCAAAAUGUUCUGUAUGAUGAGAGAGGGGGAACCAUCUACAGCUACACCUACUUCCACUUUGUCUUCUGCCUGGGUUCAAUGUAUGUCAUGAUGACAGUCACCAACUGGUUCCACUAUGACAACCAUAAGAUAGAUAAGCUGCUGGAUGGCAGCUGGUCGGUGUUCUGGAUCAAGAUGGCGUCGUGCUGGGUGUGUCUCAUCCUCUACAUCUGGACCCUGGUCGCACCCAUGGUCUGCCCCAAACGCUUCGAGGCCUAACACACACACACACACACACACUGAAACACAGCCCAACACUACCUUCAGCUUUCUAUAUGGGGUUUUUGUGUUGUUUUUAAUUUCCCUUUUCCCCUACUUUACAUGGUUAAGCUAUUGUUUCCUUGAAGGCAGUUGCUGUCUUUUUAUUUGUUUACUACCUUUGAUACAUGGAGUAUUCUGUUACAUGCAGGGACUCUUCGGGGUGCCUAAAACAAUGCGCUGGACCAAAAUACAUACAGUCAUUUAUGUGGGACCACAUGAUCAUAGUGGUGCCCUGAUUCUGUUAUGGGAUGCCCAGCACCCUUGAGCACCAAUGUCAAUUAAACCCUUUUACAUGUUUGCUUACAUUUGUGAUUUUUAUGUGUGCGAAGCAUCUGUUUUCCCAUGAUGGACCCAGACCUCCAUAUUGUUCUGUUAUUCCCAUAAAGAGAAGUUCCAUUUCUCAGGCUCACAUAUAAGCUGGAAGUGUCUUGCUUGCUAUUGCGCCCUUUUGUAGAAGACGUUUUCUAUGCAAUUAAUCCAAAUGUUUUGAUUUGCCUGUCUUCACAUGGUCAUGUGAAUCAUUUUAAAUUAUGAGUAGAUAUGAUGGAUUGUGUCCACACUCCUUUUGAGACAUUUGUACACAACACUUUUUUGUAGUGUUGUUUUCCAAAUAGGCCUGUGUGACUAGCAGAGUGCUGCCUGGCUGGUAGAGGACGGGAAGAUCAACAGAGGGAAGAUCAACAGUUUGAUUUCAAACAUUUGCCAAAGGUAGAUCUCAGAAACAAAGAAUUGACACGCUAAAGUUCUUCACUACCACAAACCUCUGAUCCUUGGUUAGCUCUCUGUUGAAGGGUCACUUUCAGAGACUUUUUCAGGACUGUGAAAACAGAAAGGGAUAGGGUUCAAAACGGACCAGGACCUUAGUGUGUAGUGUAGGUUACUUAACACUGGUUGUUACUGACUGAACAAACCCAGAUCAAGACUUGACAGGGAGCAAAAAAAACUUGCUCCAGAAAUCCAAAUGAUUCUGUUGUCAUACUUACAACCCUACAGUAUAUAACCCUUUUGAUACUAUUAUAUGUACACUCAUUUAAUAUGAUAUUUGAAGAAAAAGUGGAACAUUUUUCUAUUUAAGAUGAAGUCUUUCUCCUUCAAUUUCAGAUUGCUGAAUAGAAUAAUCACAUAACCCUAUGAGCCAGCAGUUUGUUCAUUCAUAUUUAUGCCAUAAAGUACCCACUGUGACUUUAGUUUCUUCCUCAGCCAUUGUCCUGAAGGGGUUAAACCCAUCUGAAAGGGUCAGCUGUGAACAAUAGGGUUGGGAUCCAUCCAUUCAGUAAUGUCAUGGAUCUGAAAGGGUCGGCUGUGAACAAUAGGGUUGGGAUCCAUCCAUUCAGCAAUGUCAUGGAUCUGAAAGGGUCGUUUGUGAACAAUAGGGUUGGGAUCCAUCCAUUCAGUAAUGUCAUGGAUCUGAAAGGGUCAUUUGUGAACAAUAGGGUUGGGAUCCAUCCAUUCAGUAAUGUCAUGGAUCUGAAAGGGUCGUUUGUGAACAAUAGGGUUGGGAUCCAUCCAUUCAGUAAUGUCAUGGAUCUGAAAGGGUCGGCUGUGAACAAUAGGGUUGGGAUCCAUCCAUUCAGUAAUGUCAUGGAUCUGAAAGGGUCGGCUGUGAACAAUAGGGUUGGGAUCCAUCCAUUCAGUAAUGUCAUGGAUCUGAAAGGGUCGGCUGUGAACAAUAGGGUUGGGAUCCAUCCAUUCAGUAAUGUCAUGGAUCUGAAAGGGUCGGCUGUGAACAAUAGGGUUGGGAUCCAUCCAUUCAGUAAUGUCAUGGAUCUGAAAGGGUCGGCUGUGAACAAUAGGGUUGGGAUCCAUCCAUUCAGUAAUGUCAUGGAGUGAAUCGGAAUUUCAAUUCAACAAUUAAAAGUUGCCAUAGAUUGUAUAAAAAUAGAUUUGCGAAAUAUAAUUUCACUUAAAUUAACUGUAUGAUGCUGAAUUGACACCGGGUGAAUUGGAACGCCUGGUGUAAAACUGGUUUACUAAUCAAUUCCUGUACAUGUUUGAUAUUAGCAGAUUGUGUCCAUAUGUCAUUUCAGACAAGUUGUUUGUCCACAGAGCCAGAUAGAUGUGGCAUGGUGUUCUACAGCUCAUCACCAUCAGGUCAAGGUCAUGUUAAACCUUUAGGCUCAAAAUAGUCUGAUUAGGCUGUAUGCUGCCAUACCUGAUAUGCUGAUGUCCCUUCCUGUUCUCCAUUGUUAAGAUGACCACUAGGUGUGUACACAGGAGUGUGAAUGGAAUGGGAGUGUGUUUGUUUCAUUUAUUUGAACAGGAGCACUUGCGUGAGUUUGUCUGUGCAGAACAUUGUGUGUAUGUGUGUGCGUGCAUGCGUCUCCAAACACACUGCUCACACUAAGGGCUCUAUUCAAUCCGUAUGGCAGACGUUCAGCAUUACAGCGUGAUUGACAUUUAAAGGCAAUGUUCCUGCGUUAGCAAAGACUGCAUUCACAGUAAACACUGUAUAUGUCUUGUCCGCUCCAUCGGAAAUGACCUUUACAAUUCUAUCGCCCAAUCUGCAACUCUUCAGCGAUACAGACUGAAUAGAGCCCGAAUUCUCUGUACACAGUUAGUUUGUCCUAAACAAAAAAAUAAAACAUGAACAGCC